AUGGCGGCGGCGGCGGCGGCGGCAGCGGCGAGCCGCGGGGGCCCAGGGCGGCCCUGCCCUUUCUCCAUCGAGCACAUCCUCUCCAGCCUGCCCGAGCGCGCCUCCCCGGCCCGGGCCGCCCGCCCGCCGCCGGCCGCCGGCCGCCAGAGCCCCGCGGAGCCGGGAGAGUCCGGGGCGCCCGAGGUUGCGCCCUGCGCCUGCUGCUGCUGCUGCGGGCCCCGCGCCGCGCCCCGCAGGUCCCCGGAGGCGGGUCCCGGGCUGGGUGCGCGGCUGCCCUGGCCGCUGAGGCUGAGCCCCGCGGCGCCUCUGCCCUUGGCCGCGCCGGUCGGAGGCUCCGCGGCGCUGUCAGUGGCGAGCGGCCCGGGCCCGCAGCGGCGCACGCGGCGCCACCGCACCAUCUUCAGCGAGGAGCAGUUGCAGGCGCUGGAGGCGCUCUUCGUGCAGAACCAGUACCCCGACGUGGGCACCCGCGAGCGCCUGGCCGGCCGCAUCCGCCUGCGCGAGGAGCGCGUGGAGGUCUGGUUCAAGAACCGCAGAGCCAAGUGGCGGCAUCAAAAGCGCGCGUCGGCUUCAGCGAGGCUCGGAGACAAGAAACCCCCCAAGGAGAGCUGCUGA